CAUGUUCUUAGCUACCAAUCAUGUUUUCCAAAGCGACCUAUUGAUAGCUAUAAUUGUUUGUUGUCAUAGUUGAAUGUGAGUAGCGGACGAAUAUCAAGGUAAGUAUUAUAAAAUUUCUUCCUUGUUCCUUGCUCCAGAAGCGAAAGCACAGACAUUGUUUGUAGUGUCUCGUCUGCUCAUCGCCCGCCAAAGACUGCGGCGCGAGCGGAUGUUGUAAGAGGUUUUUUGCUCAUCCUGUGUGAACGACUGAAAUUGUGAGCUUGGAGACAAUAAACUUUCCACCACCAUGCCGGAGCAGCCAAAGUCAUCGCCGCAGGACCUCAAAGGGGCGUCCAGUUCUCAUGCGGCGAAACGACAUGGGAAGACCAUCGAACAAAUUUACCAGAAGAAGACACAGUUGGAGCAUAUCUUGCUCCGUCCGGACACGUAUGUCGGUUCUUGCGAACCUCAGAUGUCCGAAAUGUGGGUCUUCGACAGGGAUACGGCGUCGAUGCAGUUCCGGAAGAUUACCUACACCCCCGCAUUGUACAAGAUUUUUGACGAAAUCCUUGUCAACGCCGCGGACCACCUGCAGCGCUCGCAGUCCAAAAUGGACAAAAUCAACGUCACGAUUAACCAGGAAACCGGAGAGAUAGCAGUCUACAACAAUGGCGAUGGAGUACCCGUCGAGAUGCACAAGGAGCACAAUGUUUAUGUUCCGGAAUUAAUCUUCGGUAACCUUCUCACAUCUGAUAACUACGACGACAACGAGAAGAAGGUCACAGGCGGGAGAAACGGUUACGGUGCGAAGUUGACAAAUGUUUUCAGCAAGAAAUUUGUUUUGGAAACCGCGGACCACAAAGCGAAGAAACGGUUUACGCAGGUGAUGCGGGAUAACAUGUCGGUAAAAGAAAAGCCGAAGAUCGAAGCCUGGGGCAAGGAACCCUACACGAGGGUGACUUUUCAGCCAGAUCUCGAAAAGUUUGGCAUGAGGGAGCUGGACGAUGACACGGUGUCUUUGUUCCACAAAAGAGUGUGGGAUAUAGCGGCAACGACAGAUAAGAAGUGCAAGGUACUUUUGUUUAUGUACAAACUGAUUUCUUCGUGAUCACCAGGAGGAGUUGUAUUCCUAUUGCCAUGUAGAAGUAGCAGACAAACACAGACUCGCACUCGGAGGCUUCAUAUCUAUGCGCCUCCGCGGCGGGGCUCUCUUGUUUGAGUUUUAUUUUCUCAAUUGGAAUGAAAAUCAGGUUUUCCUCAACGACAAAGCCCUUCCGAUCAACGACUUUCACUCGUACGUGAACUACUUCGUAAAGUCGGUUUCGGUAGUAGAGGAAGGUGAGGGCAACAAGCCACUUCAAAUCAUCUACGAGAAGUGUAACGAGCGAUGGGAAGUCUGCGUCACGCUUUCUCUCGAGCAACAGUUUCAGCAGGUCUCGUUUGUGAACAGCAUCAACACAAUCAAAGGCGGUACACACGUCAGUCACGUCACCGACCAGUUGGUCGAAGUCCUGCUCGCCAAGGCACAGAAGGGAAACAAGAAGGGAAUGCAGAUCAAGCCGGCGAAUGUGAAGCAACAUCUCUGGGUCUUCGUGAACUGUCUGGUCGAAAACCCAGCAUUUGAUUCACAAACAAAGGAGACGCUGAAGACGCAACAGUCGAAAUUCGGAUCAAAGUGCGAGCUGUCCGAUACGUUUAUCAAGGACGUGUUGAAAAAUACCGGGGUGAUUGAUAUGAUUGUGAAUUGGGCGAAGGCGAAGGAGAAAGUGGACUUGGGGAGGAAGCUGAAGUCCAGUGGCAACCAACUGCGAGUGUUAGGGGUUCCAAAACUGGAAGACGCAAACGAGGCGGGCGGGAAAAAAUCGAGUCAAUGCACUCUCAUUUUGACCGAAGGAGAUUCCGCAAAGGCGUUGGCGGUAUAGCUAGUGAACUCUUUUGAAUUUUAUGUAAAUUUCUUCUUUUUGUUUUUAAAAGCAGAAAGCAAAACCAAAAUCAUCGAUGAAGAUGCCGAUGCAUCACACAACAUGUUUCCCUGUGCAUAGAUCAUCAAUAAAACCAGGUCGCGGGCCUUUCUGUAAUUGGCCGCGAUUUUUACGGUGUCUUUCCUCUCCGAGGUAAAGUGCUAAACGUCCGGGAAGCCGCUCAUAAGACACUACUAGCGAACGCGGAAAUCCAGUCCAUCCUGAAAAUAAUGGGCUUGACCCCCGGGCAGGAGUACGAUGACUUGAACAAGCUGCGAUAUGGUUCGAUCAUGAUCAUGACAGAUCAAGAUCUAGAUGGGUCUCAUAUCAAGGGCCUGCUGAUUAACCUCAUCGAAGCCUGGUGGCCGUCGUUGAUGAAGCACAAAGGUUUUCUCAAGGAGUUCGUAACCCCAAUCGUGAAAGUCCACAAGAACGGGAAAAAUGAAAAGAAGUUCUACACCUUGCCCGACUAUGAAGCCUGGAAACUUUCGCACAACAACGGUAUACCUACAAAUCCUGCUGCUUUAUGUGACGCAGAAAAAACAUAAAUGCAUAUACUUUUUCUUUUCUGUUGAUGGAACGAAUGAAUUGCAAUUUUAUCACAUGCAUUUUUCAGGUAAGGGCUGGGAUAUCAAGUACUACAAGGGUCUCGGAACUUCAACAGCAAAAGAAGCGAAAGAGUACUUUCGAGACAUCGAAAUCAACGAAAUAAAAUUUUCGUACACCGAUGACGCACAAGAAGCUGUCGACUUAGCGUUCAACAAAGCGCGUGCAGAUGACAGGAAAGAUUGGAUGAACAACGCGAAGUCGACCGACAUCGUGGAUCACAACAAGAAGGAGCUGAGAUACACGGACUUUGUCAACAAGGAGCUAGUGUGGUUUUCCAAGUACGCAGCAUUGCGCGCAAUCCCCAACGUGAUUGACGGAUUUAAACCCGGACAGCGAAAGAUAGUCUUUUGCGCAUUCAAGAAGAAACUGAAGAAAGACAUCAAGGUGGCGCAGUUCGUCGGGUAUGUGAGUGAGAAGGGAGCCUACCAUCAUGGCGAAAAAUCACUGGAGGACACGAUUGUUGGAAUGGCGCAGGAUUUUGUAGGAUCAAACAAUCUGAAUUUGUUUUUCCCAAGUGGUCAGUUUGGAACAAGAUUGGCUGGUGGAAGUGACCACGCGAGCGCAAGGUAACAGUUUUGAUUUGCGCUUCUUGUAGUUGGGUUUUCUCCCCGUCCUCCGGUGCAGCCGAGUUCGUUGUCCGCUUUCUCAAAACCUUAAAUCUUCAAAUUCAAAAAAAAUCAAACAGGUACAUCUUCACCCGCCUGAUGCCGUACACACGGAACAUCUUCAACGAGGUGGACGACAAUGUCUUGGAGUACCAAAACGAGGAGGGGCAGUGGAUCGAGCCAACCUUCUACGUCCCGGUAAUCCCCAUGGUCCUCGUCAACGGCGCACAAGGAAUUGGGGUCGGUUGGUCGACGAACAUCCCCAACUUCAAUCCGUUGGAAAUAAUCGACAACUUGCGGCGGUACUUGCGAAGGCAACCCAUGACUGCAAUGGCGCCGUGGUACAAGGGGUUCAUUGGUGAUGUGGCUGCUGAGCAGAACGACAGCGCGAAGUACCUCGCUAGCGGGAUCAUCAGGAAGAUUAGCGAAACCCAAUUGGAAAUUUUGGAGCUACCAAUCAAAGAGUGGACCAGUAGCUACAAGGAAUUCUUGGAGAGUUUGUUACCAGGAGCUGCGGAGAAAGCAGAGAAGGAUGGCAAGAAGAAGGAAACAAACCAGGAACCAGUGAUAUCUGAUUGUCGCGAAUACCAUACCGAGAAUUCUGUGCACUUUGUUUUGAAAUUGACGGAGGAGCAGAUGGUGCGAGCGGAGAACGCGGGCUUGGCGCAAACUUUCAAGCUAAAAACUUCUAUUGCGACAACAAACAUGAUGCUCUUCGACACCGAGAACAAAAUCAAGCGGUACGAAACAGCGAACGAUAUUCUGGAAGAGUUUGCGAUCACGAGGCUGGAGUACUACGAUAAGAGAAAGAAAUACUUGAUCGACAAGCUGGGCCGAGAAAAGAUGAUCUUGGAUGCGAAGGUGAAGUUCAUUCUGAUGAUCAUUGCGAACAAAAUCGAAAUCAGAAAUAAGCGAAAGAAAGCACUGAUGGAGGAGCUGCUGGCAAACGGCUUCAAGCCAAUGUCGGAAAUGCAGAAGGGAAACUUGGGAACGCUUCCAGGAGAAGAUAAGGAGGGCGGAAACGAUGAUGAGGACGGCUCCAAGGAGGAGGAAGAGGAAACAAGUGGCGCCUUGAAGGCGGAUGACUUCAACUACUUGCUGGGCAUGCCACUGUGGAACUUGACACAGGAGAAGGUACUACAUACGGAGUCUACUCCUUUCGAAAUUCAGACCUGGCGUGCGCGUAUGCUUGUUUCUGACAGUUGCAGUAGACAAGGCGUGCUCGUUGUGCAGAACGAACUUGAUGUUAGAUAUUUAUCACAAUCAUACCCCAAUGCCAAUUCGAAUUCCAAUUCUCAGGUCGACGAGAUGAAGCGCCAAGCUCGCGAAAAGACCGAUGAGCUGCGGGUAGUCGAAGGCACCACACGAGAAACUAUGUGGGACAACGACCUCACCGCGCUGCGGCAGCAAAUCAUGGAGGAGUGGGACAAACAGGAAAAGGAAGAGGAGGACGUAUUGAGAGGAAAAAUCCCCCCUCCCCAUAUUGGAAACGCAUUCGUCUGAAAAUUUGUGAUGCAGAUUUGAGGUCACAAAUCCUGUCUGUCUUGCAAGAAGGCAAAGCCAGAGAAUCCGCCGCAUUAUGCCGGCGGUUUGUGAUGCUGUUGGGCUUACACCAGAGCCGACGUCUGUCAUGCUAGUCCCCUACGUCGAAACCCCUCGGCCCAGGCUUGGCAUAUGCCUGCAGUCCUCUCCAGCAAGACAGACCUGAUUUGUGUACGCAAAUCCAGCAUGAGAAACUUCGUUUCGAUAUGGGGAGGGGGGAUUUUUCCCUUUGAUAGGACGCCAAGAAGGUGCGCGCAAACACCAGGAAGAAGCAGCAGCAAAACGUGUUAGACGUCGGCAACAAGAAGGGCCGCAAGGCAGCAGCAAAGGACGAUGACGACGACAAAUCCGGGUUCAAGCCGCAGGCGGACGUGAGUGCACUUGUAAAAAGCAAGAAGAAACAACUAGCCCCGCCUGCGGGAGUGGAGGCGAUGGGGAUUGUCAAGGUCGAUUUAGACGAGAGGAGAGAAUACAUGAAAACCCGACAAGUCGCUGACCGGGUGGAGAAGAAGACCGGAAAGCGGGGGGGACUCGUAUAAUUGAAUUCUCGAGUAUCCAUUUGAACUUGCUUUCUGCAUACAGUUUGUCCAGCAGCGGAACCUGCCCCACCGCAGUGGGUGGAUCGAUAUUAAUGUUGCCAUUUUCAAUCACGAUAAAAACCUAUGGCAAAAACAGACCCAGCCCUCGCAGGCCCAGACUUCUAGGCCGCAGAGCCAAGACGACGACGGUGGACUGCUGCAGUCUAACACCCAGCAGAACGCCAAGCGGCCGAAAGGACGGGGUAAGAAGAAGAAAGACGACAUGGAAGUAGAUUCGACGGAGGGCAAGCAGGCGAAGCUGGAUACCUACUUUAGCUUGGAUCGUGCAGCAGGGCUUACUCCUGGCGACGGCAAGGCCGCGUCAAAGAAGAACAGUAAGUCGGCAUCCGGAAAGCAACCCUCAUAUCCAAUAGAGAAAAAAAACCGACUUCCAUCCAUUUUUGCAUCACAAACACAGACCAUUCUAUGUUUAUGUUUUGCGUUCCAAAUACAAUUUAGAUGGGGGCGGUUAUUUUUUUUUGCUGCGCAUACUUCACCAGAAGCAUCUACGGGACAACAACUAGCAAGUGCAGCAUCGCUCGUGCAGCAGCAAGACGCGAGCUCGACAACCACCAACAGCCUACUGGAAAGACUCCAGAGAGCGAGGGCCGGGGCUGGGGAGCGAUCCGCGGCAAUCGGCGUCUUCGGGGUGGGAGGUGCAACGGGCAGCGGCGGGAGUCUCGCGUCCAUGAUGCAAAGCCGGAUAUAUGCUGUGUUACUUCGUCUCUCGUCAAGCUGAAGGAGUGCUAGGAAAUUGUCGUGCUAUCCAUGAUUGUCAGGCCUCCCCUGUUUGUGUUUGAACACACACAUAAGCACGGCAGUUCGAACUGGUUCUUGUGCAAGACGCUCUCUUGCAUAAGUUUGUCUACUUCCACAAGCACGACACACGAAGCUGCUUGCCAUUGCGUUUUUGUAUAUGAAUGUGCAUUCAUCUUCACGAGGAAAAAGAUGAUCUUGUUCAUCACGGGAAAGGAGUAGAAGAUGAUCAUCUACAUCUCCUUUACGUGAUAAUAUGCAGCAUGCACUCGCACGAGUGUCUUCCAUAUGAAGAGCCACAGCACAGACUUUAGCGUGACGCGAAAAGAUGUUUCCAUGUUGACACCCCCGCCUCCAGUUACGUGGGACCGUCAGCAAACUAUCUAAACAGCCUCGACAGUAACAGAGCACCAACAAGUUCUCCACCGGGCGGAGCAGUGAGCUACAACUACACAGCGGGAGCUUCCUCUUCCUCGAGUCGGCUGAACCCGGGCAUUUUGGAUGGUAUCCUGUGCACAAGUACUACCGCAGUCGUAAGUACUUAUUGCAACCGACGUCACAGCCCUGCUUCGUGACCGGAGUCGGCCGCAUGUAAUCAAACAUAAAUUCAGUUUUGUUUUCCGAGGAAAUAAUUUGCAAUGCAGUUACUUACCAACAGCGCGAUACUUUUGCAAUGCAUAUGCGGUGGCGGGGGCGGAUUCGGUGCGAGCAGCAGUAGUUCAUCGUUCCUGAACAUCAACACUUCUUCCAACCUCGCAGGAGGCCCCUCCGGGUCGAGCAGUUCCGCGAACGAAGGGUCGGAAAGCGACAAGCUCGACCUGGACAAAGCUAACUACGCGGCCGCCGAGGGGGAUGGUGCAAAGAAGAAAAAGGCAGCACCCAUGAAGCGGAAGAAGGGCGCAGCUCUAAUGGAGGACGACGAGCAGGAACUCUCGAAGAGUACCAAGAUGAGCAAAAAAACCGGGUCGAAGGAGUAGCGAGAGGCUGGGAUUGCUGACAGUGUCAGCGCAAAUUGAUUACUUUUACGACUUUUUAACUUCAAUUGAAUCGUGGUGGUGCUUGUCAGUCAUUACACUGUCAUGAUCUUUUCCUCGCAGCAAAUCAAAGAAAGUAAAUAUACGACUUUUAGAUACAACUGACUUCUUUCUAGAAUUAGGCGAUGAAUAUUACAAUAAAAGACUAUGAAUUUCUGCUUCCCUGCUACCUCGUUGAGCUUGAUGUACCAACCCCACAAGAUAAAGCAUCAUUUUGAUGUUUUGUACCGACAAAGUUGUAGUGCACGGUACGCGGAACCCAGUACGCUUCGCUGCAAAGCAAACGAUAAAGAGAAAAUUAAAGUUUGAAAUCAAGAGUUGCCACGUUAUUCGGAAAUAAUGUGUUGACCUCCAAGCAGAAAUUGAGGCUUUACCAGUUUACAAGAAUAUUGAGCGGGACUAGAUUAAAUAUACCCAAAUACGGAGGUGUCGUGUGACAUCUGAGGUUAACAACCAGAAAUGAAUUAGAAUCUAAACCCACCUCCCCUGAUUAAAUUUUGUACCAACGCUAACGAUUGAAAAAAUGAAAAAACACCAGAAUCUUCUAUGUUACAAUACAACUUAUAUCCUCGCAACCGAAAAGUACACGAUGGAGGAACUGGGAUGAAAUCCAGAUGAAAGAAAGGCGACAAUUUUUUAUGAAGCAACACCGUCACCCCUGGGCAAGCAAAUCUCCGGCAGCAUCAGGAUUGACAUUGAGUCCUUGUUUUCAC